AGGGGGAGUCCAGAACAUACCUGUAGAGCUCCAGCUUCUCUUUCUCUGAGCUCUGCCUAAGGUAUGAGCUGUUAUGUAGCAGUUGCAUGUGAGGAGAAGGCAGAAUACAAGUCGUCGUCAGAAGAUCCUGUCCUAAGCUGGGCCUGAAAGUUCAUCCAGCUGGCUGGUACAUAAACAAAAUCCAGAAGUGGAAAAGGCUAGUCCCUCUGCCACAAUGAGCUCUGAACAUGAAGAAAUUGAUGUUACAAAAACUGUUGUCAAUGGGCUGAGCAGCAAUGGACAAGAAAAAGAAAUGGAUCCCACAAAAGUCUGCAGUGGAAAAGGAGCUGUAACUCUCCGGGCAACCCCAUCCUAUGAAGGGAAUCGGAAUGUCACUUCACCAUGUCCUCAGGAUGCUGAGCAACCUGAAAGUCUGGAGCCAGAAAACUCAGAAACAGAUGAUUGGAGGUCGUCGUCUAACACUGAUGCCAAUGGGGAUGCCCAGCCAUCUUCUCUGGCUGCCAAGGGUUAUAGGAGUGUGCGUCCAAACCUCUCUUCAGAGAGCAAGCCACAGGACCCAGGUCCUGUGCUAAAUGAAGUGCCCCAGCCUGGCACUGACUAUUCAACCUCCAUCACUUCCAUCAGCAAGUCUGCCUCUGCCUAUCCUUCUACCACAAUCGUCAAUCCCACUAUUGUCCUGUUGCAGCACAAUCGAGAACAGCAAAAAAGGCUUAGUAGCCUGGCAGAUUCAGUGCCAGACAGAUUAGUUUCUGACAGAGUUGAUUCAGCACUUCUGCGGGACAAGCCGGCUCAGGAGGCUGCGCCAAGUGAGAAGAGGGCAGUGGAGGAGAAGAGAAGCACUGUCAGGAGCCCUCCCUACAUGGCUGAUACCUCUGUUGAUGACAUUGGAAUUCCACUGAGGAAUACAGACAGAUCGAAGGACUGGUACAAGACGAUGUUCAAACAGAUCCACAAGCUAAAUAGAGAUGAAGAUUCUGAUUCAUUCUCUCCACGUUAUUCCUAUCCUGAGGACAGUAAAACCCAAGUUCCCCGCUCCAAGAGUGAGAUGGACAAUAUAGAUUCCGAGAAGGUUGUGAAGAGGUCUGCCACUUUGCCACUGCCAAACCGUGCUUCAUCACUGAAAUCAAGCCCAGAAAGGACUGACUGGGAGCCUCCAGACAAGAAAGUGGACACCAGAAAAUACCGUGCAGAACCCAGGAGCAUUUAUGACUAUCAGCCAGGGAAGUCCUCUGUUCUGAACAAUGAAAAGAUGACUCGGGAUAUAAGCCCAGAAGAGAUAGAUUUAAAGAAUGAACCUUGGUAUAAAUUCUUUUCGGAAUUGGAGUUUGGGAAACCGCCUCCAAAAAAGAUUUGGGAUUAUACUCCUGGAGAUUGCUCUAUCCUUACUAGAGAGGAUAGAAAGAGUGAUCUAGAAAAAGACCUCUACCUCUACCAGACUGAGUUAGAGGCAGAUUUAGAAAAAAUGGAGAAGCUUUAUAAAGCACCACAUAAAAAGCCACAGAAGAAUACAGCAGGUGUUGUUCCUCUGGAAACUUCCACAGACCAUUCUUCCUACUCCACUUAUUCACCCAACUACCAUGCAGUGAAGAGGGAGUCAGAGCUAGCUGUGGGGGACCCUGCUGCCUUGGAGAAUGAAAGGCAGAUUUACAAGAGUGUGCUGGAAGGUGGAGAUAUCCCAUUCCAGGGGCUGAGUGGUCUCAAGCGACCUUCAAGUUCUGCUUCCACAAAAGUGGAUCGUAAAGGUGGGAAUGCUCAUAUGACUGCACCCUCUUCAGUUAAUAGCCGAACCUUUAAUGCUAGUCAUACCGGUAUGUUAGGUCACGCAUGUAAGCAUAAGAAGCCUUUAUCAGCUGCCAAAGCCUGCAUUACUGAAAUCCUCCCUUCUAAAUUCAAACCCAAACUAGCAGCUCCAGCUGUUCUUGUGCAGGACAAGACGGGUAUCUUGCUGUCUCAUGAGAAAGCUCAAAGCUGUGAAAACCUUCGUAGCUCCACUGCCUUGUUUGAUAAUAAAAAGGCUUUCAUGGUAGACAUAGGGGAAAGCAUAGAAAACAUCUUGAUGAAGUCGAAGCAAGAGUAUGCCAUUAAAUCUGGCAGUACCAUGAGCCUGCAGGAGUAUGGCACCAACUCUAGGAAAGGCUACCUGUUCGCUGCCUCCAGAAAGAGUGGGGUGGAGUUUACAACACUCUAUAAAGACAUGCACCAGAUCAACCGGUCCAGGAUCCAUUUGGACACAGUUUCCUCCUGCAGUGUGAAGGAUAUUGCAUCUCAGUUUGAGAAUGAAGCAAAGGACAGGAUGGAGCACAGCCUUAGCCGAGAGGAUUCAGAGCAGAUCCCCAAAGACACCGUUUCCUCCCGUAUCAGUGCCUUUGAGCAGCUGAUCCAGAGAUCCCGAUCAAUGCCCUCACUUGACUUUUCCAUUGGGCAAAACAAACCCACCACUUCUCUUCAGUCUAAAACUUGUCUGAGUGCUGCAUACUCUGCAGAGAUUCUUCUGGAUUUGUCAAAAGCACACCAAGAAGAGAAGGAUGUUGCCAGCUUUGCAGAUAAAUCCUCCCGCUCCUGCAGCAAUGUGGAAGACACGGCUUCGGAUGUCAGUGAUGUCAUCCCUAUGGACACACUUUCAGCUUGCACUGAUGAGAUAGAUCUUCUCUCAAAUGCCUCCAAUGACAGUGGCAGCAGCUCCAGCAACCUGAAUGGGCCUCAGAAGCAUAAAAUCAACAGAUGCAAAGGCUCAUGCCCAGCUUCCUACACCAGGUUCACAACCAUCCGAAGGCAUGAACAGCAGCAGACCUCCAGGCACCCUGAUUCCAAAGGGGAUGUCUAUGGGGACAGGCACAUGCUCCCCAGAAAUGUCUACCUAAUGAGCCCGCUCCCAUUCCGAUUGAAAAAGCCCUUCCAACACAAAUCCUGCAGAACUCCGCCCCCAGACUGCCUGGCAAGCCUGGCAGUGCCCAGCCUUGAGAACCCAGACGACCCCAUACAGCUGCAGGGGAGUGUAGGAAACAAGAGCCAUCACUCCCAGCACCAACCUUGCUCCAGAAGCGGGCCUCUUGCUCCCAGGCGCCUGUCCUCCUUUGACAUUGUGGAGAGGCUUGGCUACUUCCCCACCAUGGGAUCUAGCCGGGAUAGCUUCAUGGGCCGGGCUGACAUUCCUGACUCCUUAAACAAUGGGAACCCUGUUUCAUAUGCCCUCUACCACAGCCUCGACACAAACAACAACCCGCAAAGUGAACUUGGGACGUACCUAGGAGAUUCAGAAUCACCAAGGCAUUUUGCACCAGUUGAUUACAUGGAAACUCCAGAAGAAAUCCUCCGCAGGCGGUAUGACGAUAAAGAGAAACUUUUAGAGGACCAGAGACGGCUUAAACGUGAGCAAGAAGAAGCUGAUAUUGCCGCUAGAAGGCACACAGGGGUUAUUCCAACGCACCAUCAGUUUAUCACUAAUGAACGAUUUGGGGACCUCCUAAAUGUAGACGAUACUGCAAAGAGGAAAUCUGGGUCAGAGAUGAGACCUGCUAGAGCCAAGUUUGACUUUAAAGCACAGACACUAAAGGAACUUCCUCUGCAAAAAGGAGAUAUUGUUUACAUUUACAAGCAGAUUGACCAGAACUGGCUCGAAGGUGAACACCAUGGCAGAGUUGGCAUCUUCCCACGAUCGUACAUAGAGUUCCUUCCACCAGCUGAGAAGGCUCAACCCAAAAAGCCGUUACCAUUGCAAGUAUUGGAAUAUGGAGAUGCUAUUGCUAAGUUCAACUUCAAUGGGGAUACCCAAGUGGAAAUGUCAUUCAGAAAGGGUGAAAGGAUCACGUUGAUUCGACGAGUGGAUGAGAACUGGUAUGAAGGAAGAAUCUCUGGCACCAGUCGCCAAGGCAUCUUCCCCGUCACGUACGUGGAGGUGCUCAAACGGCCAGUGGUCAAGAACGCCAUUGACUAUCCCGACCCACCCGUGUCCCUCUCCCCCAGCCGCAGCAUGACAGCUUCACCACAGUCUCCCAGCUCUGAGCUGCUCCAUACUCCAACUCCUCCGCCUUUGCCUUUUGCGCGCCGCGCUUUGUCUCCAGAGGUGCAGGCGGUCACAUCCGAGUGGAUUGCUCUGACCGUGGGAGUGUCUCCCAGCACCACUCCUGCCAUAACUCCUCCAUUGCCUCCUCCGCCUGAAGCCUCCCUCUCUCACACUGACUAUCUCUCGCCUUCUGCUGCAGCCAGCCCUUCCCCCACAGUCAGCCUCCACCAUUCUCAUCUCUCUGGCUCCUCGACUCCCAGGUCCAUUAGGUCCCCAUUGCCCUCUUCCUCAUCCAGACCUCAAUCCUCUGCCCGCAGUUUCUAUCAGGCCACUCCACAAAAUGAAGAGAAGUUUGUUGACUCCCCUUCUCCCAGUGUGACUUACUCUAACUCCUCUCGCUGGGCAGUGGAGAGCCCCGAAAGCAUCCUCGCAGAGCAGCGUGACACCACUGCCAGCCCAGCCUGGCUCCCAAAGACAGGAGAGGGCAGCAGCCACGCUGAGCAGAGUGCUCAUGCUGUCCCCAAGAUCUCUGUUGAGCGCUGCCUGAAACCGUCCCAGCUAGACAUGCGUGCGAGCCCAGAAAGGAGACCUGUGGGUUCCUCUGAGGACAACCAGUUGUGUCAGGAGCUAAUGGCUAUUGUUCAGGGAGGUAAAACAGACAAAAGAGACGUGAGGAAAGAUGAUACAGGAAAAUUUCAAAGCGGGGAAAAGAAGACUGCAGACUCAAAAGUAUUCUCUUCAUCUGCUCCUCUCUCUUCCUCUACCCUCUCUUCCUCUACUGUCACAACACAGCCACCUCCCAGACUUACACGCAGAGUCAAUAAGCCACAGCAACCUCAAGCACAGCAGCAAGGAGCCAGCCCUGAGCGAAGUCAAACACCACGAGACAUAGUUAGCUACCAAGCCCUCUACAGCUACACUCCUCAGAAUGAUGAUGAGCUGGAACUGAGGGACGGUGACAUUGUUGAUGUCAUGGAGAAAUGUGAUGACGGCUGGUUUGUGGGUACAUCCAGGAGAACAAGGCAAUUUGGCACCUUCCCAGGCAACUACGUGAAGCUUCUCUACCUGUAAAGUAACAGUGAUCCCACCAUGACAAGGAUGGUGGGAUUCCUUUCCAGAUGGUGAUUUUAAACAGUGAAGAAACAGACAAUUUAUGAAUGUACUAGACAAGACAUGAGAAGUGUUAGGAGGAUGUGGUUAUGUGGUACACUAUUGAGUUGAAUGUGUAGCCCUGCUUCCAUGGAGUCAGGGUAUGAUUUGUUUGCUGAAGAGACAGUUUCUAGUUUACAGUGCUGCCUUUGUGUAUUCCUCUCCCUUCCCCAGUAAGAGUUUUGAUGAUAAUCUUAAUUUGUACGGAGUACUUACCUCUGAGAAGGCUUCAGGGAAGCACAUGGUAUAGGUUUUGUUUGUGUGUUGAGAUAGGGUAGUACUUUGGGGCAGUACUCAGCCCUGCAGCUGCUCACAUUGGUUGGCACAGGAGUUCAGGAACAGGAGUUCCAGAAACAGGCUUGCUGCCCAGUUUCUGCCUUGCUGAAGACUCACUUUUCUCUGCCUUCCAUUUCCAUAGAAAACCUUUCCUUCAUGUCAUGCAUCUUAAGACCCAACAGAAGCAGAGGACAGCUGAUACAAUUGAAUUGCAGAGCUCUGUGUGGAAAAGGAGCUGGGGAUUGGUGAUUUAAUCCAGAGAGGUCAGCCAAAGCAUAAUGCAAAUGUGCAAAAAUCCCAAACCCUUCAAUAACAUAUUACUGAUCUCUGCAGGGUUUUUUCUUUUGUGCAGGGGGUGUGUGUGUGAAUGUAUUGUGUGCAAAAUUAACUGAGACCUGUUUUUUAAAAAGAAAUCAGCCUAGAUUUGACAUUUAUCUGCACAAAGAAUAGAACCAAUAAACAGAACAUCCGUGAGGGCAAAUCCUGUUUAUGAGUCCUACGGCUGUUCACUUUCUCUGCUCCUCUUGCCCUAUCGCUGGCCCUAAAGGAUCACACACCUUUUCCAGUGUAUGCUUUGGGAUGAAAUGCUGGGACUUCUUUCCCAGCAUUAAAUGUUAGAGGCUCUGAUAAAUCUGAACAAUGUAUCACUGAGGGUGCCUUUUUUUUUUCAUUUUGGUUACAGUGUUGAAGGUAGGUCAAAUAAAUACAUGCAUUUUGGCUGCCUCUUAGUCAUACAAAAAAGUCUAAUCAAUUUGGAAAGCUGUUCCCAACAUUUAUUACCAGUUACAUAGAUUUGUAUUUCCUUGAGGGAAAAAAAAACCCAAAACCAUGGCUUGGCUCUAUGUUUGCCUGUAAAUCCACUAUGAAUACUCUUUUGAUAGACUUUUUGUUAUUAAGAAAAAGCAUAAACAAAACCAGUUCUAUCAGACUCUGCUUCCUACAAUUGCCGUACAAAUAGCAAAGGGUAGAUUGCUAUUUUGUCAUAAGCCGUAUUUAAUAAUAUAAAAUGCCUAUUUUUAUGCUGAUGCUUUUAUACAGAUUUAUUAAGAGUAAACUACAACUAACUGUUAGCACGACUUGCAAUGUUUUGAUAAACUAGCCAUGCUCCUGGGUUUGAAAUCAAGAAGGCUUGUCUUCCGUCUCAGUCAGCGGAAGAGAAGACUCUGUGUCUCAGAAGUUUGACUGUAAAUAUGUAUAUUUAACUUUGUACAGACAAUGUACUUACCUUGUAUAGAAAAAUAAUUUAAACACAUUGAGUGAAGGGAGGGGAAAAAAGGCAGUUGUGAAAGGUUGGGAUUUUUCCACUUUAAUUUAAGUGAUGGAAUUCCGUGUAUGUUCACAUAAAGAGUUUUAGCACAAAAUAUUCAUUAUGAAAGGUUUCAGAUAUGAUACAAAGCACCACUGUUUAUUUUCUGCAGGAGGUAUCUUGAAUCCUGCAUCUUAUUUAUGGGUUAGUUGUUCUGCUUUGGGUUUGCCCUCUAGUUAUUUGCAACAAUGUUUAGGCCUGUUGGUAAGAUUGGAUAACACCAAAUAAAUCUAUCCAGCAAAGUAACAUGUUGAUAUUGAUUGUAUAUAACAUACUCAUUUAAAAGUUAAUUUUCUGUUCCUGCUCUUGCCAGUUUAAGUUAAACAUAAACACACACACACACACCACACACAUAUCCACACAAACUGCAACUUCUUUUUGUGUUGAUUUUUUGUUUCUUAUUGCAGUGGAUUACUAUUUGGCAAUUAAUAAAUGGAAUUAUUGAAUUACUAUUGUGUUCCUUGUACAAAUUAUUAAAUAAAAUCUACUCUGGUUGUUCCUGUA